AUGGUCACCUUGACAGCUGUUCCCGUGUUUCUUCCUCAAGACAAAGUUCCUACUAAAAAAGACGUCAAAGAUAUUAUCGGCUCAUUCCUGACAGAAGAAUGGCCAUCCGUGGACCCAGAGUCCCUGACCCUGUCGUACCAUGCAUCCUUUGCCAACGCCCACUGUCCCGUCGAGCGACCGAUGCCGGCGACUGGGACAUCUGCUGAGCCCUUGAAGGUGUUCAUCAAAUUUCAUACUGGCACUGGGAGCGAUAUCGAAACUUUCAAGCAUCUGGUACCGAGCAAGCACGAGGAAGCACUAUUUUGCUACGAGUACGGCCGAUCUGGCCUGGGAGCCAAAGUCUACGGAUUCUUCAAGACACAGGAUGGCACGCUCGGGAGGAUCGAUGAGUUCCUCGAUGCACGUAACAUGGAACCGGAGGAUGUCGAGAAUACGGUCAUCCGAGCGGAUGUUGCUAAAGCACUGGCAGAGUUCCAUGUUUUGAAGAUGCCUCUGGAGAAAAAGGCGGUGGAACCCUACUACGAAGCGAUCAUCAACGGACUCAAGAAGUACCACGAGAUGGGCAAGUUGAAGGUCCUUGGUCAAGAAGGAGGUGUCAAUGUGGACGAUCUGGUCAACUACGAUUUUGGGACCAGGUUGCGGAAAGUGGUGGACAAGCUGGAUUCCAUAGGAGGAAAGACAGGAUGGUGUAUCCAUGAUGUGCAAUUCAUGAACGUCAUGGUGAAGAACGAUCCGAAGGAAGGAGAGAGCAGAGUUGCCUUGAUUGACUUUGAGUUUGUGAUGCAGAACUACCGAGCGUUUGACAUUGGUGGGCAUUUCAUGCAGAAGAUGUUCAAAUGGUUUGACGAGGAGAGCAGGAUAGCAAGUUGCAGAAAGUACACAGAAGAGGAGAAGAGGCACUUCUGCGAGGAAUAUGCCAAACAGUGGAACAGACUGACGGGUGAUUCAGAUACCGGAGACCAGGUGUUCCUGGAAUCUGAGUAUGGAUAUAUGUUGGCAAUCACUUUUGACAUUCACAACAUGCUGUGCUUCAUGAGUGAAGAAGAUGACAAGGAUCCCUUGAACCUUCUUGGGCUUAACAAGCUUUUUCACGAGUUUGUGGAUCAAUAUGCCAAACUUAGAUUAGAAGAUCCAUGA